AUGAACCGACAAAACGGCGGAGGACAGCGGCUGAGAUCCGCUAGACCCACCACAAUUCACGAUUGCGCUCACUCCGGCGACCUCAUUUCUCUCCAGAGGCUUCUCAAAGACAAUCCUUCUCUUCUCAAUGAGCGAAACCCCGUCAUGUAUCACACACCACUUCAUGUUUCUGCUGGUAACGGCAAUGUUGAUAUAGUCAAAUAUCUCCUUGACUUCUCAGGAUCUGAGAAAGUUGAGUUGGAAGCAAUGAACACUUAUGGUGAAACUCCAUUGCACAUGGCAGCAAAGAACGGAUGCAAUGAAGCUGCAAAGCUACUCCUUGACCGUGGUGCUGUCAUCGAAGCCAAAGCCAGUAAUGGUAUGACGCCAUUGCAUCUUGCUGUAUGGUACUCAAUCACCUCCAAAGACAUCUCAACUGUUAAGACUCUCCUCGACAAUAACGCUAAUUGCAGCGCCAAAGAUAAUGAAGGAAUGACUCCAUUGGACCAUCUACCACUAGGUCAAGGCAGCGAGAAGCUACGAGAAUUGCUGCGAUGGUUUCUCCAAGAACAGAGGAAGAGAAGCGCGCUUGAGUCUUGCGGUAAGACGAAAGCCAAGAUGGAACUCCUCGAGGACGAGCUGUCGAACAUCGUUGGACUGAGCGAGCUGAAGACGCAGCUGAGGAAAUGGUGUAAAGGAAUGCUUUUGGAUGAGAGGCGUAGAGCUCUUGGGAUCAACAUCGGAACUCGGAGACCUCCUCACAUGGCGUUUCUUGGGAAUCCAGGGACAGGUAAAACCAUGGUGGCUCGAGUUCUUGGGAAGUUGCUUCACACGGUUGGGAUCUUACCGACUGAUAAGGUGACGGAAGUGCAGAGGACAGACUUGGUUGGUGAGUUCGUUGGUCACACAGGGCCAAAGACUAGGAGAAAGAUCCAAGAAGCUGAGGGAGGGAUUCUGUUUGUGGACGAAGCGUACCGUUUGAUCCCAAUGCAGAAGUCGGAUGAUAAAGAUUAUGGUCUUGAAGCUUUGGAAGAGAUCAUGUCUGUCAUGGACGCAGGGAAGAUCGUGGUGAUAUUUGCUGGAUACAGCGAGCCGAUGAAGCGUGUGAUUGCGUCGAACGAAGGGUUUUGCAGGAGGGUGACAAAGUUUUUCACUUUCAGCGAUUUCAGUGCUAAAGAGCUUGCGCAGAUACUACAAAUCAAGAUGAACAACAGCCAAGGAGAGGACACUCUGUUCUGUGGGUUUAAGCUGCAUGAGUCUUGCACGGUGCAGGAGAUAGCGGCUGUGAUUGAGAGAGAGACGACGGAGAAGCAGAGGAAGGAGAUGAAUGGAGGAAUGGUUGAUACGUUGCUGGUUAACGCUAGGGAGUUUCUUGAUCUCAGGCUUAGCUUUGAGUGUGUUGAUACUGAUGAGAUUUGUACUAUCAAGUUGGAGGAUUUAGAGGCUGGACUUCGAGUUUUCUCGCAGUGA